CGCUCCACCCUCCUACAGAUGUCGGCACGCACGCGAGGAGCCUUGAACUGCGCCGCUGGCCGUUUCGCGUAGCAGGGGUAUUUAAACAAUAUCUCGGGAUCCUGUGUCUUACUCUGACAUAAGAGAAGGCGUUUGUGGCGUUUUCGUUGCCUAGGCGUGCCAACAAAGACUCGAAGAUUUGUUUGUUGUUUACGAACGAUUCAUGUUAAGGAAAAGGGUGCCUUCAACGGCUUUCAGUCAUGCGGACACGGAUUCGUAAGUGGUUGGAGAUAAACACCAGAUAGCCAGUGCUGAAAGUGCUCACAUACAUUUACAAUGACACAUUUACAAUGAUGAUUAGAGAAUGAAUCGUUAUCUGUUUGACCAACCGAACCGAUCAAAGUGCAAACAAGAAACAAAAGAGGCUUCUGUCAGGGAAGGCGAGGAAGAGGAAUCGUUUGCUACAGGAAUCACUAAAAUUGGCCACUUAAUGGGAACCGAUAACGUUUUAGAGUUAAAGGGGAAGGAGGACAAGUCUCAGUGGAAGGUGUUAAUUGAGGAUAUAAGUGUUUUACAAUGGGUGUUUUCAUUUCUGUUUUUAGGAACGGCCUGUCUGCUGUUGAUGAUAUAUUUGAUGUUCACCUCUCUGUGGCUAUUUCCCACACUCUACUUCACAUGGCAGAUCUAUGAUUGGCACACACCCGAAAGAGGUGGCAGACGAACAAAAUUUGUGAGAAGCUGGGAAGUAUGGAAACACUACAGAGACUAUUUUCCUGUGAAGCUAGUGAAGACGGCUGAAUUGAGUCCCAGUAAGAACUAUAUUAUGGGUUGUCACCCCCAUGGCAUCAUGUGUGUGGGAGCCUUCUCGUGUUUCAGCACAGACCGUAAUGGAUUUGCAGAAACCUUUCCUGGAAUACGCCCCACACUUGCAAUUCUUGCUGGACUUUUCCGCCUUCCUCUCGUCAGAGAGUAUAUUUUGUCUGCAGGUCUGUUGCCUGUGAGUAAGGAGAGUUUAGAUUACUUGCUGAGCCGUACUGGUGUGGGUAACGCUGUGGUCAUCAUCAUUGGUGGGGCAGAGGAAUCACUUACCUCGUCUCCAGGAGUAAACACUUUAGUCAUGAAACACAGGAAGGGUUUUGUACGACUGGCCCUUGAACAUGGGGCUGACCUGGUUCCUGUGUACUCCUUUGGUGAGAACGAGCUGUUCCCACAGGUGGUUCUGUCCGAGGGCAGUGUUGGUCGACGGCUGCAGGUUCUAUUUAAGCAAAUUAUGGGUUUUGCUCCAUGUCUCUUCACUGGGGGGCGCUGGCUGCUUCUGCCAUACAGACGCCCUGUCACCACUGUGGUUGGCCGUCCCAUUACUGUGCCUCAGGUUGACAGUCCAUCGCAGGAACAGGUGGAUCAUUACCACACUCUGUACAUGAAGGCUCUAUCUGAACUUUUCCACAGACACAAAACCAGCUGUGGACUGGCCGACACGCACGUGCUGCGCUUCAUUUAGAAAUGUUGGAAGGCACAAAGUUAUUGAAACAGCUGCUGGAUUUAUUUUGUGGGACAGAAACAUGUGUAUUUCUGUAUUGUUUUCAUGUGAAAGGUUUAGCUUUUUGGUUCCCCAAAAUGAUGCUCAAAGCACUAAGUGAACCAAAUGAAUUAAUGCAGUUUGGGAUCUAAAUCAGAAUGAUGCUCUCUUCCUAUGGAGCUGUAUAUGUGCUACAAAAAAAAACUUUAGUUAUCCAAGAAGAAAGGUUUUAUCACCUUUAUCACAGUGAUGGAAAUUUAAAACAUGUUAGUGCUCAUAAUGAAAAUAUGUAUAAAGAGUAUUUUAAAGAAGUAUGAAAAUAUAAUUUUCAGCUAAUAAUUAUUUUAAUAUAAGAAUUAUGGAUGAUUUAUACAGGUAUAUUGAUGCUUUUACCUUAAAUUCAUUAGUGGCAUUUUAAAGUGCAAAGUAUUGAAUAUACCUCUCUUCUUUGCAAAACAAAUCAUAAAACAAGCACAUUUUUACUACUUCCAGUCAUUUAUUUGUUUCAGACAACUCAAUUUUUUAACAGUAAGAGGAACAAUUAUUUAUACAUAUUUACAUACAAAAGCAAUACUCUGUGUUAAAUACAAAACUUCAUAUACAAAAACCAUUGUAACUGCUGCAGGUUCCUUUAAUUUUGAUAAAGAAAUCUCUGAACAGGCAUUUUGCUUUUUAAAGAACAUUUUUUAACUUUUGUAACGAUAAGAUUUGAGUCCUUCCUUUCUGCCAAUUGUGGUCAUUUACUCCAAAACACUUAAAUAGCAGUUUUUCCACUGGCAUUCUCUAUGUUUUAAGACCAAGCCAAAGCUUGCCACAGAAUGAACUCUUUUUACAAUACUUGAACAGCUCCUCAUUUUUUGGCAAAUGCUUUAUAUGCUUCAUCCUAUUAUGUGAAAUUUCAAAUGUAGUGCAGCCUAUUUGUUAUAUAAAGAGCUGCAGAGAUGACAUUAUUUUAGCAGUCAGGUCUUAGACUUCUAGUGAUUAAUACCUCAACAUGUUUGCACAGGCAAAUGACUGUGAUGUCUCUGAGGAAUGUGAACUUGUAAGUGUGCAGUUUGACCCAUAAGCUUGUUUUGAUUUUGACAGAAGUUCAGUUGGGAGGAACAAAUCAUACUGUCCACUUUAGACACCUGAAAAGACAAAAAACACAAUUUAUUUCAUCUACCCUAGCCCUUUUAGUUUACCAUAUGCCACCUAAGUAUUUGAUCUAUUUUAAAGAGGUUUCAUCUUGAUUUUAAAGGGAUAGUUCACCCAAAAAUGAAAAUUCUGUCAUUAAUUAUUCAUCCUCACGUCCCAAACCCGUAAGACCUUCGUUCAUCUUAAGCUGGGUGCACACUGUGUGAUUUUUAAUAGUCCUUUAUGAAUGUUACUUGUCAGACUGUAUGAACAUGAUGAUCGUGUCAUACUGUGGGAUCAAAGUUGUCAUUAAAGGGGUCAUAUGAUGCAA